ACACGCACACACGCACACCUCAGCCUGGCAGCCAAAGGUACAUAAGUGUCUGUGCAGGUGAUUCAGUCAAAGAGGAGCGACUCCAGCAACAGUCUUGUUCUCUGGUCAGCCUCUCAGCAAAAUGUCUACGGAUUAUUUUGGGUUCUCCUUAACGAGGAGCAAUGCGAGAAAUGGCACGGCCGGCGUGGCUCUUAACAAUGCUGCAGAUAUCUCCGUUAUUGUGAUUUACUUUGUGGUUGUGAUGGCUGUUGGAGUAUGGGCUAUGAUCCGCACCAACCGAGCCACAGUCGGUGGUUUCUUCCUUGCAGGGAGGAGUAUGGUGUGGUGGCCGAUUGGAGCAUCACUGUUUGCCAGCAACAUUGGCAGUGGUCACUUUGUAGGAAUCGCUGGGACUGCUGCAGCUUCAGGAAUCGCUAUUGGUGGAUUUGAAUGGAAUGCUCUUAUUGUGGUCGUCAUUCUGGGAUGGAUCUUUGUGCCCAUCUACAUCAAAGCUGGGGUGGUCACCAUGCCGGAAUACCUGAAGAAGAGGUUUGGAGGACAGAGAAUUCGCAUCUACCUCUCUGUGCUGUCCCUCUUCCUGUAUGUUUUCACCAAGAUCUCAGCAGACAUGUUCUCUGGCGCCAUUUUUAUCAACCAAGCUCUCGGGCUGAAUAUCUACCUGGCUGUUGUCAUGCUACUUUCAAUAACAGCCCUGUACACAGUCACAGGUGGAUUGGCUGCAGUGAUCUACACGGACACCUUACAGACUAUCAUCAUGGUUGUGGGAUCAUUCAUCCUUAUGGGCUUUGCUCUCAAUGAGGUCGGAGGUUAUGAACAAUUCCAGAUGCGCUACAUGGAGGCCGUCCCUUCUGUAACAGCUAACAUCAGUGCGAGCUGCUUCGAGCCUCGGGCCGACUCCUUCCAUAUUUUUAGGAAUGCGAUCACAGGAGACCUGCCAUGGCCCGGCCUUGUGUUUGGACUCACCAUUCAGGCCACCUGGUACUGGUGCACAGAUCAGGUGAUUGUUCAGCGCUGUCUCUCAGCUAAGAAUUUAUCUCACGUUAAGGCAGGCUGCAUCUUGUGUGGCUACCUGAAACUGCUGCCUAUGUUUCUCAUGGUUUUCCCCGGUAUGAUCAGCAGGAUCCUUUACACUGACGAGGUGGCAUGUGUGGACCCGAUUGAAUGUCUAAGAUACUGUGAUGCCAAGGUGGGCUGCACCAACAUCGCUUAUCCUAAACUGGUGGUGGAACUCAUGCCCAAUGGUCUGCGAGGUCUCAUGCUGUCCGUGAUGAUGGCCUCUCUGAUGAGCUCACUCACCUCCAUCUUCAACAGCGCCAGUACUCUCUUCACAAUGGACAUCUACACUAAGAUCCGCAGCUCAGCCACUGAAAAGGAACUCAUGAUCGCUGGGAGAGUGUUCAUCGUGUUCCUGAUUGGUGUGAGCAUUGCGUGGAUCCCCGUGGUGCAGGAAGCCCAGAGUGGUCAGCUCUUUGACUACAUCCAGUCCAUCACCAGCUACCUCACUCCACCUGUUGCAGCUGUCUUCAUGCUUGCCAUCUUCUGUAAACGCGUCAAUGAGUCUGGUGCAUUUUAUGGCCUCACGAUUGGCUUAGUUAUCGGCCUCUCCAGAAUGAUUGCAGAGUUUGCUUUUGGGACAGGCAGCUGCGUUGAACCCAGUAAAUGUCCCACCAUCAUAUGUGGAGUGCACUACCUCUACUUUUCCAUCAUCCUGUUUGUUGUCUCCUGUAUCCUCAUCGUGGGAAUCUCUCUUGUGACCAAACCCAUCGAAGACAAGCAUUUGUAUCGACUGUGCUGGACUCUGAGGAACUGUACUGAGGAGAGGAUUGACAUUGAAAAGGACGAUUGGAUCGACAAUCAAGAGUCAACCAAAAUGGAGAUAGAUGAGCCCAAGGAGAAUCCUGGCUGCUGCAAGAAGGUAGUGAUGAGUUUCUGCGGCCUCGAGCCGACAGAUGCGCCCAAGUUGAGUGCAGAGGAGCAGGCGGAGCUGCAGAGGAAGCUCACAGACACCACAGAGAAGCCUCUAUGGAGGAACGUCGUCAACGCCAACGCCAUCAUCCUCCUUUGUGUCGCUGUUUUCUUUCAUGGUUUUUACGGUUAAAGAAACUCCAUUGACGCAAAUGCUCUUGGAUAAAUUAUAUUUAAGGGAUAGGAUUUUAUAUGAUUGUAAAUUAUGAACGCAUAAAUGAACUGUAACCUUGUAACAUUAGAUAAUGCAUUGGCAGACUUCUAUACUGGAUCAUUUUUACUGUAUGCAUGUCAUGUAUGACAAAUGAACGUCUCGAGGACACAAUAUUUAUUUUUGUAAAAUGUGUUCCUGUCUAAAACUGUUAAAGUAUUUCACUUUACCUACUGUAGAUCUGGACAUUUUUCCAGGUUUUUCAUUUUGGAAACUUUGAAAAUUCUAAAUUGGGAAUACAAAUGCUCCUUUAUGGCUUGAUUAACUUUCUGGUUUACAUAUUAAGAGACACUGAUUGACUGGUUUGUAUGUGUUUUUAAGUUCACAUGCUCAACAUAAUGCCAAUUUGACCUUUUUUCUAAUUUUCUGUGUUCGAAGUCUACAAAUGCUGUCACUUGUUAAAGCAUCUAUAUGUUGUUUUAGGUGUUAAUGAAUAAUAAACAUCUCAGGGGAAAUGGUUGUGAACUCCACAGUUUGACUCUCUUUGCUUCCCUCUCCUGGUUCAUUGACUAGUUUGCACUUUAUUUUAUUGCACAUUCAAUUUUCUGGUUAAGUCUGCUCUUACUGAGGUAUGCAUGUUAUGUACUUGGUGAAUACAUUCUGAAACGUCACAUAAUAACUUUUUAAUGUACUGUAAGUCGUUCUCAUUGUCACUCACUUAUCCCUCUCUUAUCACUAACUCUGUGGUUAAUGUGCACCAAUGUAGGCCUUGACUAUGUGCACUGCUGUUAAAUGAUUUAUGAUUUCUGCCUUGGACUUACAUGCUUUGUUCUCUGCUGUUGUAUUCUCUUCUAUGACUGCCUUUUUCUCUAGAAGCUGCAUAUGACUUGAUAUCUGACUGAAUUCUACGUCUUGCAGUGAUUUUGCUCACCCCAGCCAGUGACUAAGUGCAACAAACCACAGUCAAAGGUCUCAGGCAUGUCUAGCUCUCUGCAGUCAACAGAGAGAUAGAGACCAAACUCCAUCUGUCGGCCAUCAUUAGCCACAGUGAUGAGUAAUGAAGACACAAUGUUGUGAAUUCUUUUUAAAUUUCUAACAAAGUUAAUCUGAUAGAUAGUAGAAGAAUAAAAACAAACAAUUUGCUGACAAUGUCGUCUGGCCACUCUAAGAUAUUUUGAAAUAUGGAGAAAGCAUUUUUCUUAAAUGAAGGGAAAACACAACAAAUCAAGAUACAAUGUUUAUACGACACAGUGGCCCCCUAGUGGCACAGUGGCCUCAUUACAACAAAUAUGUGGAUAGUUACUCAGUCUAUGGCUCUCUGGCUUAAGUUAAACCCAUCCA